AUGCUCAAUCAAACUAUUUUCUGCAUCACCGGCGGUGUACAACAGUUAAAACGGAUCUUGAUAGAUGUUAACCAGCCUACCUUUGCUGUGUACGAGGAACGAAGAGAGAAUAUAUCUUUAGCACGAAUCCAUCAUUGCAUUUACUUUGAGAUCUGUGCAGAUGUACCCAUAGAGAGCCGUGUGGAUGGACGGAGUUCGAAUACUUUCGGAUCUGUGUUAAGAUCCUACAUCCUCCGACGUGCCACGCGAUCUGCGAAAGGAUCCCUUUCUCGCCUCUUCCACCCUCGCCCUUCUCCACCGCCGGUCGUUAAUGGACCCCCCUCCUCCUCUCCUCCUCCUCCUCCUCCCUCCUCCUCCUCCUCCGUCCCCAAGCGCCCCUGCCCCCGAGACCCUCUCGCCGCUGGCGGCCCUAGGGUUCCGUCGGACCUCGCCGCCAUGGACUGUCUCUUGGAGGCCUUCCUCUCCCUCUCCGAUCCCUCCCUCGCUCUCGAUCUCUCCCUCGAUCGCCUCAUCGGCUCCCGCGUCCUGGAGUCGGAUAAGGACCGUGCCAUCGAGGGCGCCAUCCGGGUUGGAUCGGCCCUCCUGGAGGCCGCCAAGAGAUCGGCUCGGAAGCGCGCCAUCAACCACAACUCCGCCUCCUGGCCUCUUCCCGCUGAUCUCACCAUCAAAGUAUUCUCUAUGCUAGACACAUGGAGUCUGUGCCAUGCUGCAGCUGCUUGUUCAAUGUUCAACAAGUGUGCAACGGAUCCAUUAUGCUAUGCUAAUAUUGACUUAACAGCAGCACUACCGAAAGCUAAUAACAUGGUUGUGUCUACAAUGAUACAACGGGCAGGAAAAAAUCUUCAGUCACUCAAGCUUGGUGUACGACCUAGUCCAACUUCAACGGCAGAAUUUUCUCAACCGAUGUCCACUUCUACUAAACAUUCCAUAGAUACAUUUGGUCUUCCAUGGAAUGAGAAGAGACCUAGGCCAAGGAGGGAGUCGUCUGUCCUUACCCGGUCCUGUCUGCUGGCUUUAAGUGUGGAUGGUGGUGCUUCUGGGGCUCUCUUGAGGAGGCUGCACCUGUACAAUAUUGAUAAGAUGGAUAAUUCUGCACUUUGCACAGCAUUGGUAGCCUGCCAGUCUCUCCUUGAUCUGGAACUCAUUGGUUUACAUGUUGAGCUGAGGCGAACAUUGGAUGUAGUCAGCACACAUUGUCACUCCAUAGAGCGUUUGUUCUUUGAGUCUUCUGAUACUGGUAGAGAUGAUAGUUUGAAGUCGCCAACUUGCAUCGGUCUGGUAAAUGGCUGUCCUAAUUUAACAACAUUAGCCCUCAGGGGAUUCAAGCUUCAUGAUCAUAAAGUCCGUAUACUGCUUAAGGGAUUUCGCUCUCUCAAAUUUGUUGAUUUUUCAACAUCCUAUUCAAUCACAGGCAUGUUUUUAAGGAACCUUGGCAAUGGCACAAAUCCCCUUGCAUUGGAAGUCUUAAUUUUGCGUGACUGUUUGCAUCUCAAAGAGGUUGAAGUUUCUCGGUUCUUAUCUGCUGUGCUUGAUGGAGACUUUAAGACCCUCAGAUAUUUGGACAUAUCGAAUAAGGAUGGCCUUUCUGCUAAUAAUGACUGGAACUAUCGGUGCUAUAACCCAAGUGCUAUUCCAAUUUCACGAGUUUUGAAAGAGAGACCUGAUAUUUGUUUGAUGGCCAAUUUUCCCCCAGAAGGGAGCUUUAUUGAUAUCGAACACUUCAGUGACAGUGAAAUAAGCAGCAGCACAAGCUUUCAGAUGAUGGCUGCUGCUGUAUUUGGUUCUUAUUCUACAAGCUCAUCUGACAGCAGCUAUAGCAGUGAUCCAGGGAGUGGAAAUGAGGAUGUCCAUGAUGUGAACUUCGCAUUCUAUGGUGCAGAUAGCUAUGAUGAAAUGGAGUUUCAAUUGGCUUAGCAAAAGGUCGGAUGGGUAAUGCAAGAUGAUACAGCGUCAUCCAUCUGAAUGCGGUCCCCCACCCUUUUGUUGGUUGAAUUAGUUUCAAACUAGUGGAAGGUGAUGCUACAUUGCAUUGAACAAAUUUGUAUAUGUCAUGGAAUUUCGUUGGUUCCAUUGGACUAUUUGUGUCCGUUAAGUUAAGCAAAACCAUAUCAAAUUUGGAUCCAUUUCAUCAGUCUUAGUCCAACAAGUUCUACAAUUGGCUGUCAACCUAAUUUCAACCCUCCACCUUUCUUAUUCGAGCUUGGGACUUUUCCGUUUCAGUGUUUCAAAGCAUGCAAGACAAAGGAUUUUAAUAAUGGUGCUGGUCGCUUGUUGGUAUCUUAUGUGCCAUGGUAUUACUGCAACAACUUAGUGCAUGAGAUGUACGCAAGAAAAGUAUACCAAGCAGUGUGAACAGCUUGUAUAGAUGGACCACCCAGGCUCUCAUACGCCUGGGCAAACCCACCAUCCAGGCCAGUGGACGGAGAUUGGUGCCUGGGUUGGUUCUUAGCUGCUUUUUGAUUGUUUUUCUCAAGGUGGAUGCCGAUUUAUGUUAUCAUUUAUUACUUUAAAUUGCUUCCAUGUUUCUUCUCAUGUACAAUAAAAUUUAUUCAGUAUUUAUUAAUUGGUGUAUUUAGGGU